AUGGAUUUCUCGUCGCCUCCCAGCACCGGCGAUCCUUCCAGGGAGAGCAUCGCGCAAUGCCCAACCAGCGACUUGCAGCUUCCUCACAUUGGCACUUGUUCCCAGCAGCAGAUUCCGGGCUUAGGACUUAUCCAGCACGAGCCGCAGAUCAUCCACUAUGACCAUGCUCAGCGCACCUUCCGACGCGAAGGUGAUCCUGGUAGGAUCCCUCUUGCACUCCUCCGGCUCGCCACGACUGUCCUUUUUGUUGGUGUUACUGUGAUGCUGACUUUGAGCACAGAGACAGACUAUGUCUUCCACAACUCGAGCGUCCACCGAGACGAGAAGUCCGACGUUGAGAUUACGCAGAUCAAGGGCCGCGAGCCCAACCCGAACGAAGCGUCCGCCUCGUACUGCGACGUUGCCGCGAAGGAUCCCCGCAAGCGGGUUCUGUUCGAUUUCAUGUCUCGAACUCCCAGCUCUGCCGCUUUCGACAAGUACGAGGAAAAGCUGCUGAAGCGUCCCUGCCAUGCCUUUGAUGACUCUACCGGUCACAUCGGAGAAGUUCAUCACACAGGAAGUCAGUUGGAAGCUGUCAAUGCCGGUGGCGCGUACCCCCGUCGACCUUUCCAGGGAACGGACUUCAACCUUUCCGAACAAGCUGCGCAGUCUGAUGAAGCCCAGACCGUCUCUAGACCCCACGUCCAGGCCACUCAAGCUCAGGUCACUCAGCUUACUGGAAUUGCUGAUCGAAUCGCCACCGUCAUCGAACUCCUGCGUCACUCUGACGACCAGCUGUCGGAUGCCUACGACCGCAUGAGUGAGGCCGACCUCGCCAUCGAGGAGCUUCGCACUGGCAUGCAACGAUCUUGGGAGAAGAUCCAGUCCCAAGCAUCCGACCCUCGCGAUCGUGAGGCGUCGAAGGCUUCCGGCACUCCCACUCCAGCCAGCAGUGACAGCUUUGCCGAUAUUGAAGCCAAGCUGAAGGACAUUACCCGCCAGAAGCGCUUGAUCGAGAUGGAGAUUACUGGCCGCGAGUCCAAAAGACAAAGAAUUGAGGAAGCAUUUGCUGCCUUCGUCCCGCCCCAAGGCCUUCCUGGCCUGGAGAGAUUGGAGGAGACGGCCGAUGAAUACGUUCCAGCUCACUCGGGUUUGUAA